AUGCCAACAACGAUGAGUACAGGCUCGCAAGAUGCUGUAAGAGCUAGUACAGGACCAGAGGUUGAAGUACUUGACCAUAUUUAUCUUAACAAAGAUAUUGAAAAAAAUAAGGCAGCUGAGCCAAAGAGAGGUGGAAAAUCGUCUGCAAAAUCGUGGACACAAGACGAGGAUAUGUUGCUUUGCCGAGCUUUCUGCACUAUCUCUAGUGAUCCGAUUGUUGGGGCUCAACAAAGUUCAGAUGGCUUCUGGAGGCGAAUCACCCUAUACUACAACGAAAAUGCUCAAGCUCAGAACUUUAUUGAAAGGUCCAUGGAGUCGGCAAAAUCUCAUUUUUAUGCUUUUCAUGGAGAUUGUCUAAAAUUCAAUGCAUCGAUAAAUAGGUUCCGAGCUGACCAGAGGAGUGGUGAAAAUGAUGCUAUUGUGUUGCAAAAUGCAUUAAUGGAGUGGAAUAGUGAUGGUAAGAAAAAAGGAGCCUUCAAAUGGCUCCACUGUUGGGAAAUUCUAAAAAACAGUCCUAAAUUCCAAGGUCCGUCAACGACAAGUCGAGGAGGUAAAAAGUCUAAAACGUCUGAAUUUGGAGAUCACACUUCUGGAUCUGGCCAAGAUUUGGAGCAAGUUUUUGAUGAUGGUGAGAGAUAUGUGCGUCGCCCAAUUGGUCAGAAGGCGGCAAAGGCAGGGAAGAGAAAGGUAAAAUGUGGCAUGGGAAGUAACACUGAUCAGAAAGCUGAACGUAUGUUAGAAGUCUUUGGGCAUAUUAAGGAUAUACAUGAAAAACAACAGGUUGAACUUAAAAAGUUGGUUCGUAUGGAGUCUUGGAAGACCUAUCGAGAAAUGCUAAAGGAGGACACUUCAGCAAUGACUGAAGAAGAAUUAGAAGCUCACUAUGCGCUUUUUGCUGAACUGAAAGAGGAAUUGGGUCUAAAUUGA